AUUUAAGUGAUUAAAACAACAGGAAAAGCUAGUGCUAAUGUGAUGUGCGCAUACACUCAUAUGUGUCAGUGUAUGUGUUCAUUUUAAUGUGUAAGAGAAGGUCAGAAAAAUGUACACAAUUUAAAUGUAUGUAGCAACAUAGUAUGUACGCAUAUAUAUACAUACAUAUGUACGCGAUUCGUGAACAUGUAUGUAUGUACGUGUGUGAGUGCACGUUUGGUUGAACCUACGCGACUAUGGCUAAACUCGGGCAUAAUGAAAAACAAAUGAAAACUGCAUAGUAAGCUUUAUUAUUACAUACAUAUGUAUAGCUAAAAGCUUAUACGUAUACAUGUAUUGGCGCAUAUAUGCCGUGUAUCACAGAAUUACAACAAGAAAAGUAUAGCGAAAUGACGUGUGUGCUAUAGAGUUGCCACUAAUAGCAGCGGUGCCAACUCGUCUGCAUUAAUUAGUGAAUUUAAGUCUGUUUGUUGUGCGUGCGCCACUAAUGAAAUUAGCUAAUUACCUAGCUGCUGUAAUCAUUAUUAGUGCUAUUUGCCAAAAUGCCACAAUUUUCCUUGGCUAUACAGCCAUCAACUGGAUGCACUUUAAAAUGACAUCACACCAAUAUAAAUGAAGGCGCCAACUGGCAACGCUAUGCCUUUAGCAUAGUCAAUUUGCAGUGCAGUGGCAGCACUACUUGAUAUGGUAAAAGCAAAAAAAAAAUUAUACUUUCGUAGAAUGAAAUAAGAUGUGCUUUGCACAACGGCCAUAAAAAACAAUUUAACAACUUAAACUGCCUAGACAAGUGCUAACCAUUUAGCAGCUGAAACUAACGUAUCACUUAGUUGUGCAUUUAAAACGAUCGUAUCGUAUAUGGAAAAAGUGCAUUGGCGAAAAAUCAACAACUACAAGUGUAGCAGAAGUGACACCAACAGCAAAAGCAACAACUAAAACUAUCGCGUACAGAAAUGUGGGCAAUGGCAACACAAUUUUCGCAGCACGCACAUUUUUGUUGGCAUUAAUUGCGGUGACAGCAUUAGGCAUCUUAUGCAGCCAUCAAUACGGGCAACAGUAAUUAUUCAUUUAUAUAUGAAAGCAGCUAAAACGCAAAAAUAAACAAAAAGCAAAGCCCGUGUCCGCAACCGUUUGCCCGUGUAAACUCGCUUCUGUGUUAGUGUAUAGAAGGUAUAUAUGGAUAUUCAUUACCUUUAUAUAUAUAUAUGAACAUAUAUAUGUAUAUACAUAUGUAAAAUUCUGCCAGACCAAACAACAGUUAGUGAGUGAAGGCGAAAAGAGCGGUCGCCGUAAAGAAAGCAAAAAUCAAAAGGAGUGGCGCAACAAGAGGGCAAGGCAAAGCAAUACGCAAUACAUUUUUUGUUUGUUGCCUGGCAGCGCGUCGUCCAGCUUUCAAAUUGUGGGGACGGAGUCUAUCAACGGUAACUACCCAACGAAAAUCCACGACAUCCACAAAUUCCACGAGAGCUAGGUGGGUGCCGUUCGUGCGUCUGGCGGCGGCCAGGACGACGACGAGGACGAGGAGGACGGCAAUAGGGAGCUGGCUAUUGAUUGUGUGCCAUUUGAACAUUUUUCACAGGUUUUCAACUGUAACUGAAUCAAGAAACAACUAGCAUCACCAUCAGCAUCAUCGUCAGCAACAAUAUCGUCAUCGCUACACAAUCAGCGCGCGCCGGCCAGCGACGCUUGUGUAAUUUGAAUGGCAUUUGUUUAUUAUUGUUGUUGUUUGUUACAUGCCACAAAAGAUGAACAAUGAACAGAUUGAUACACCAUCUUUGUCAUCCGCAACCACCAUCAUCAGCAAUAAUACUGCAUCUGCAUCGACGUCAGCAGCAGCAGCAGCAGCACCAACAGCUGGGGACGCGACGGCUGGGCAACAACAACAACAGCGCAUAAAAGCUAUAUCGACAAGCUUAAACGCUUCUGGCAUAUUGACAACAACAAAAAUACCACCCAUCAUACCCGAUACGCCCAUAGUUUCAAUAGCUGCUGGUACUCUUAGCGAGAGCACCACCACAACAACAUCAACCAAGACCACUCCGACGCCCUAUUCGCAGGAGCUGCGCACCACUUUAAUGUCGCAUGUGGUGAAGUGGCAACAGAAGCAGCAGCAACAACAGCAGCAACAAAAACAGCAGCUACCUACAACAGAACCUGCCAAGUCCAACGCGACGACUAUAAUGUCAAGUGCCGCCAAUUCAGCUCAAGCUGAUGAGACUGCGGCAACGGCAACAACAACUGCGACGCACACAACAAUAAACAUUGAACUGACCAAUUGCCCAGCAUCAGGUGUUAACCAAAACCAUGUAGCUUGUGAUACGAAAGUUGAUAGCAAUAAUGCUGGACAUUCGAACGAUGACAAGCCCACAACAUCGGCAGUUGCGCUGGCCGCAAAGAGCUCGUCUGAGCCAACAACUACAUCAUCAUCCUCCUCCUCCAUCACCACUACAACCGCGACAUGCACAUCGAAGCCGAGCCUCACAGAUCAUGACAUCAGAUUGUUAGCGAUGGAGAUGGAGAAACAAGUGCCAGCGCCCUCCUUUUCCUCCUCAACGACGCUGUGUCGAGGUGCAACCACAAAAGGUAAAACCCAAGAUGACCAGAAUGUGGGCAAGCGUCAGAAGAAGAAAAAGACAAAGUACGAUGCUUGGGAAGAUAGUGAUUUUAAUGAUCUCGAUGAUGCUUCAUUGAAAAAACUACUUGAGGAGGCCUAUUGGUAUCGCAAUCCUGGUGACAAAAAAAACAAAAGCCCGCGGUUUCUGCAAAUGCUCGAAAAGGCUGAGUACGACGAAGAGAACUCUUAUCGUGCCCUUAAGACCUCAUUAACACGCAACACGUCCAUAUCAUCAACGUCCAGUGGCUACUACAGUCAUAACAGCAGCAGUAACUUUGGCAACACGAUCACAGCGCACAUUAGCAACAGCAACACCUAUCAUAUGAAUCAUCGCUCGGCAGCCUCGCAGCGUCACAAACAGGGCGGCUCAUUGCAGGAUCUUGUUGAGGCGGUGCAUCGUAGCGAGCGCGCCACAACUUCGGCGGCAGCCGCGGCUGCAAGACAACACUUAAACUGGGAUCAUCAAUUGGGCGCCGGGAGCAGCAACGUCCGAGGCAAUCGUCGCCAGCAGCAACAACAGCACAACCAAAACGCCGGCAUGACCGGCAAAAAGAUCAAGAACUCAUCAGUAUCGGCACGACAGCGUGAGGGCGGCAGUCUGCCCUCCAGUGUUAAUUUCUCUUCUGAAGCAUCUACCGCUUCGGAUGCUAAACUGAAAGCUGUCCUCACCGAUCAGCAGCCAUCAACAUCAACAGCGGCAACGGCACCGGCUGGUUCAACUACUGCCGGUGGUGGUGGAAGUGGAGCGAAGAGUAAUCGCAGCAGCGUCGGCAGCUGCAGCAGUCUGCCCAGCCAGCUGAGUAGUGAGGUGGGCGCCACACAAUUCGAUAUGGACGAUGAUGAUGCUUGCGUUGCCCUGACUAUAUUCCAACAGGAUCAAUCGGCGAUGGAGGUAAGCGAUGGCCAAUCGCGGUCACUGAUACUGAAUUUGUGCGACACACCGUUGGAGAUGAUAGCAAAGGAUAAUGAACCCUGGGAUUUGGUGCCAAUGGAGGAGCUGCGCACGACAAAUAUAACUUCAAACCCGUGCUCAAAAAUAUUUGAUAGUUUUCACAAUCAACAGCAGCCUGUACAACAACAGCAACAACAACAUCAGCAGCAACAGCAACAACAACAAGCGCAAGGCCUAAACAAAGAUGGUGGCCCCGUUAUUAAAAAGUUCCUAAUUGAUGACCCGCUCCAAUUCUCUGUCUUGGAGCGGGCUGCCAAGACCCAACAUCAAAUGCUUCCGGUUCCAUUUGUUCUGGCCUCUGCCCUCAAUAUUGAGCCGAAUCGGAAACUGGAAACCGGAUACGUUUCGCUCAAUGACAGCUACACGGCCUGUUCCUCGGUCUAUGGUGGUGGCGGAAUGGGUGCUGCCGCUGCCUGUAGCUCUGCUAGCGGUGCUAGCGGCGGCGAUGUAACCAUUGAUAGCUACAAAUCUUCAAACAGUCAACAGGCUACUGCUGGUAAUAGCAGCGGCACCGAAGUCCUAAAGCUUAGUCGCAUAUCGGGCACAACAACAUCGGCACAAGGUGCCAAGGCCACUACGCGCCAACUGGAUGAGAAUGGGAACGCAUUAAGUGAUGGAUACGCUGGUGCAGGAAAUGGCAGCUCAACCAGUAAUAACAACAGCGGUGGUGGUGGCGGCAACAAUCAAUUCACCGCACUCAUAACCACAGUCGGCGGUGGUGGUGCCACCACACAGAGCUCAUCAUCGGCUGUGGUGGCACAGCGUCAGAACAGCGUCUCCACCAUACUCUCAACAGGCACCUCAACCACUACAACGGCAAUGGCUGCUGCUGCAGUUGCCGCUGGCUUGGGCAGUCUCGGUAGCACCGCCUCGGCGCAACCCGCUAAAAUAAAGGCCAAGAAGAAAUCACAGCAGGAACGCAACACCACCACCGUCGAUGUAAAGUCUGUGGCCGGCUAUCGUGGCAUGGAUCCUGUCGAGCAACUCGUCAAGUAUAUCGAGAACGAUGAGAAAAUGAACGCUGCGCAGCAACAGAAGAAGAAGGAGCGCAAGAAGCAAAACAAAUUGAAGAAAUGCAAUUCGUUGGAGGAGCUGCGUAGCUGUGCCAAAAUGGAGGUGGACGAGCUAAAGGAUCAGGCGGCUACUACGGAUGCAAUGAUGCGGCAAAAGAAGGGCGCUCAGAGCAAGCACAGCUCGGCCUCUGUGGCGGAUAUCAAUAAAAACUGCAAGGAGCAGCAACAACAAAACCAACAACCACAACAGCAGCCACCACGCAAAGGAGAACGCCGCUCCUGGGGCACAGAGGAAUUGCAAUACCUGGGCGAGCAGCAGCAAGCGCCAAAGGCGCUGCUGAGCAGCAGUAACAGCAGCAGCAGUAUCACAACAGCGACCCCAACGCUCCAACCACCAAUGCAGUCGACAGCGGCGAUGUCAGCGCCGUCACAGGAGGAUCAGUUGAUAAGUCGGGGCAUGUCCGAAACGGAGCAGAUCAACAUGGUGAUCUCUGAAACAGCCGAGUUUCAUGUGGUCACCAAAAAGAAGAAACCAAAGAAGCAGCGUGCCGUCACCAUGGAUGAUGCAGCGGUGGCUGCUGCCGCCCACACUGGCGGCAAUUUGCAACGCAUGCAACAGAUUACCAAAUCGGCCUCCUCCAAUAUGAUGUCGCAUCGUGGCAUGCGCGGUUUGACGCAUGGCGGCAACAACGAUUACUACGCCAACUACAAUUAUGGCAACCACUAUGCAGCAGCACAUGGUGGAGGCAACAUCAGCAGUCGCCAGCAAGAUCAGCAACACCAUCAACAGCAUCAGCAGCAUCAAGUGAAUAGUAGUGCUGGUGGUGGUGGCGCCUCUGCAACCACCACAGCACAGGAUAGCUCCAGACGCAAGUCGACAUCGUCGAUGCCGCCCUCGGAGAAAUCCGAAUCCAGUGAUCUCGACUCUGUACACUCGCUACCCAUACAGACGGGCAAGAAGAAGGGCAAUAAGCAGCGUGUCGCUCAAGGGGCGGCACAGCGUCAGGCCAAGCACAGAAAUAACAGCAGUGGAGGCAGCGGCGUCAGCAGCAAGAACCACAGCAACAACAACAACAACACAUCACCUGCUGCGCCAAUUUCCUAUGCGGAUAUUGCGCGCAAUAAACAGGAAGCUGCCGCUGCUGCUACAGGCACCAACGAUGAUGCAACGGAAGCGAACGAAACAAACGCCCCCACAUUGGCAGCAACAACGACAACAGGGGCAACAACAAUGGCCAGUAUUGCUACACAGGUCGAGCCACAGUCUCAGGUGGCGGCAGGCACACAAACCACAAUGUUGUCCAAAACUAAGGUCAAGUCUAAACUGCGACCUGAUUUCCCCGAGCUAAUGCCCAGCUAUGCUCAUGGAAAUAGCAGCAACAACAAUAAUACCAGCAGCAGCGCACCAACGUUAAUAAAUGCUGGCACAACGGCCGCCAUUAGCUAUUCGCAAAGCUUAAAUUCAACGCCACCCUUUAGCAGCAAUAACAACAACAGCAACAAUAAUAACAGUUGCCAGAGUGAUGCAUUGGAAAGUACAUUAACAUCGUCGCCAGAAGAGGGACCCACAGCGGUGGUCACACCACCAACAUUUGCCUCAGCAGCCGUCUCGCCGUCGUCCUCAACGCCGCCGUCCUUGCAAAAGUCCAAGAGCGUGGAGCACGAUGCCAGCUAUAGCUUUAAUAGUAGCAACCUGGACCAACAAUAUCCGGCAUUGGAGAAGACGGUGAAGCGGCAUAGUGUCAACAAUGUAUCGCUAACAGCAGCAACAGCGACCGCCUCUCCUAGUACUGUGCUGCCCUUUAAUUUUGCAGCUGCGGCCAAGCAGCAGUUGCAGCAACAAGCGGACAAUAAAUUGUCCAGCAGCAAUGCAACAACAAUAGCGGAAGCGACAACAGCAGCCACAGCCACAUCCGCAUCCGCAACUUCAAUAACAACAGCAACAGCAACACCGUCUACCUCAGGCAAGACCAAGUCGAAACCAAAAGAGCAAUCGCCCACAAGCAGCAGUAACAACAGUAAAAAGGAUAAGGAUAAAUCGGGCAAGCAGAGUCAAACAGAAGGCGUUGUCAGCUUUACGGUUGCCUUGGCAACAGGCACUGCCUCAGUGGUUACGCUUAAGAGCACCACAGCCACCCAAACCGAUGGCAAAAAGAUGACCAGUGGCAUACACAAAUUGCCAGGCAAGCAGAGCUUAGCUUCUGGUAGCGCUGGCAGCGGAAGCGGUAGCGGCAAUGGCGGUGCCAACAUCAUCGGUGGCAGUGCGGCGGGUCGUCCAGCCGUCAUUAUACUCAAUGAUGAUCGUGAUGCCGAGCUGGAUAGCUUGAAUAAUGAAUUCAUAUUCGGCGACUUCAACGAGGAUGAGCUGAAAUUGUUUGAUGACGAGGCCAUACAGCCCGAGAAGGAAGCCGGCAAAGAUGAGGACAGCAAGAAGGCAACAAAAGAUGCCAAAGAUGCGAACAACAGUAGUGUGACGGAUGUCAACAGCAACAAUAAUGCUGUCAGUGAUGGCAACUCACAGAUGCUACUUAAUGAUUCCGGUGCCGCAUCGGAUGUGGUAAAUAGCUCAGCGUGCAUGGACAUGCUAUUGAUCUCUGGCGGCGAGGUUGCCCAAUCCUCGCCAAAUACAUCAGCCAUCGAUGCUAGUCAGCCGUCACUAACAGCCGAGACAUCACACUUAAUAACAGAUGGAUUGGUGACAUGCGUCAGCUCCUCCUCGCAUCCGGCAUCAACAUCCACCGAAUCGGCGGCAUUAUCUUCAACCGCAUCCUCGUCAACCUCAUCGUCCUCGUCUACUUUAAGUAGCAGUGUGGCGAAUGUGGCAAAUCAGUCCAGUGAUAGCGGCAUCUAUGGUGGUGCAGUAAACACAUCGCCCAACGCCGUUAAGGAGGAGGUGAACAGUUUUCUUAACCAGGCCAAAACCACCACCAACAGCAGCAGCACAAUCAGCAACAACAACAACAACACCAAUGAAUGUGAUGAACCCGUCGCUAAGCAACAGCUCGAGACUUGCAACGAUAUUGAGAUGGCCAUUAUUGCUGCCGCACGUGCAGCUGCAGCCGAAAAGGAGCAGUUACAGCAGCAGCAACUGAAACAACAACAACAACAACAACAACAACAACAGCCACGACAACAUCAGGAAAAUGACAGUAAAGCUGCUAAUUUCCACAGCAACAACAAUAAUAAUGUGGAACGCACCCGAAGCCGCAGCAGCUCUGUGGAGCAAUCAAAGCGAAAUUUCAAGCCCUUGCACUCAUACUUUAUGUACAACAAUAAUAACAACAAUAACAAUAAUAUUAGUACACCCGCUGUUGACGGCCCCAUAGUUGAUCUCAAGCCAUUAGAAAUUGCCAACGCAACUAAUGACUGCGAUUAUUUGUCCGAUGUACAAUCCGAAGCAAGCCUGCAGCGCCAAUCAUUGAUGUCUAACACGGAGUUAAUUGUGGAGUACAUAGCUAGCACAUGGAAUGCUAUAAUCCAGAGCAAGUAUGUGACGUUUUACAGCGAACAGGAUCAGCAAACUUAAGGUCCGUGUCCAAGGAACAUAAUAGGACUCUACUACUGUGUAAUGGAAAUAAAUUUGAGCACUAUCCUCGUCGUUUUGUGCUGAGCCUGAGAGCGUCGGAGUUUGUUUGCAGCAUUAUAUUAUUAACACACGUUACACACAAUCAUACACACACACACACACACACCAACAGCUUGGAGAUGCUGUGUUAUUAUUUAACAAAAUUCAUCGAUUCAUUUAACAAUUUAUAUAUAUUUUUAUUUGAUUUAGUUACUAUCAUUAUUUCUAUUUGAAUUUUUUCUCUAUGCAAACAACUUGUGCUGGCCAUUUAAUUUUGCUAUAACAAAACGCUUGUAAGCUAAUUAGCUAGUUACAAAAAAGAAGGAAAGGAAAAUAAAAACGAAAAGAAAAAAAGCAAGAAAGAUAAAGGAAUACCAACAUUAAACAAUAAGUACUAUUACUAUUAAAUAUUAAUUUAUAUAUGAACCCUGAAACUAGCGUUUAAGUGAGUGUUGCAAGAUGUGAUGUCGCAUGGCACAUAUGACAUACAUUUCUGAGCUUAAUACAAAUUUGAAUAUACAUAUAUAUAUAUACAUACAUAUACAUAAAUUGAAACAAACACACACACGAUAAUCAUAUGAUUAUAUCGCUCCUGCAAGGGUUCCUUAAUUAGCACAACACUUCGAUAUUCAAAUCAAACAAUGUCCAGCAAGUUGAAGAAACAAUGUAUUGUAUUUUGCAUGUAUUUGUUUUUUUUUUUUUUUUUUUUUUUGAAAGAAAGUCAUGUCAUGUGGAGCUUGUGAUGCGAAAGUUGAUAACAAGUCGAUCAACAUCCAUGGAGUUGUACAGUUGAUUUGUGAAUAAAAAUAAAAUCUUAAAUAUAUACAGCGCUAAGAGAGUAAAGGAAAAUAUUAGCGUCACUAAUGAAAGCAAACUAUUUAUUAAAGUUUUAUUUUAAUUUUGUAGCAUUUGGAGCUAUGAUAUGAGAGUUAACUUUGUUAACAAUACGUAUACAUACUAUAUGUAUAUACUGGUUGGUUAAAGAAACAUACUUAUUAUUAUUAUUUUGUUAUAAUGUGUCUAGGCUUAAGUCUUAUAAGGUAAAUAACAGGAAAUCUAGUUGUAAACAAUCGACAAGUGGAGUCAACAACAACAACAAAUGUAUAUGUAUAUAAAAAAUAAUAGAAAAAGAAGAUAAGAAAAACAGACAGACAGAGAGAAUAAUUUGAUAAUUUGCAAACCAUUUUCUAUGUAUAAUAUAUUUAUAAAUAAGAAAUGUAACGUUCGUUUUUGUUACGAACAGCCAUACACCUAAUGAUAAAAACAAGUUUGUUGGAAAUUUAAACUUAAAAACAAAAACAAAACGCACUUACGAAAAUGCCGCCGUUUAGCAAAGAGUUUCAUAACUUUUUGCACUGAAUAUAAACUUAAAAACAAAAAAACAAUACAAAAAGAACUUAAG